AUGCACAUCGGCGACACCGCAUUUGGUCAAAUUGCCCGAGCCCUCAGCGGAGGCAAACGCUUCGCCCAUCCCGAAUCCAGCAGCAAGGUCAACAUGGAGCAUCAACAUAAGAAAGGCCUUGGUGGAGGACAUGAACCCCAAGAGCCCGGCAGCAAUGUUACACCAGCCUGGCUGAGUUAUGCCAUGCGAUGGAGCAAUGCCGAGUCUAAAGCGUCUCUCGCCACCUCACAACUUUCCGAGACCAGUCUUUCGGCUGACGGUACAAGCAACGCCGUAAACGUAGUGACUUGGUACGGUGACAAAGACCCUGCCAACCCGCAAAAUUGGUCCUCCGCCGAGAAGGCAUAUGUUGCGGGUCUGAUCUGCCUUUACACUUUCGCUGUCUAUAUGGGGUCAGCUGUCUACACACCUUCGUUGGAAGGCGUUAUGCGAGAGUUCAACGUUUCAUACGCUGCGGGCAAUCUUGGUCUCGCUCUGUUCGUCUUUGGAUACGGCUCUGGGGCCAUGCUGUUCUCCCCCCUCUCCGAGAUCCCAGCAGUUGGGCGCAAUUGGAUCUACAUCAUAACAACUUUCUUAGGACUGCUUUUCAGCAUCGGCGCAGCACUAGCUCCCAACUUCGGCAGCCUUCUUGUUUUCCGAUUCCUGGCAGGCUUCAUGGGCUCUCCUGCUCUAGCUACUGGCGGUGCGACGCUGCAGGACAUUUACAGCAUCACCAAGAUCCCGCACGGUAUCGCUCUUUGGGUUGCUGCAGCUAGCAUGGGACCCGCAUUGGGGCCUGUGAUGGGAGGUUUUGCGGCCCAAGCCAAAGGCUGGCGCUGGCCGUUGUGGAUCGAGGUGUGGUUGAUUGCACCGGUGCUUCUCGUCAUGAUCUUCACCUUGCCUGAAACGAGCCACCAGAAUAUCCUCUACCGCAGAGCGAAACGCCUUCGUGUCGCAACUGGGCAAAAUUCACUUCAAUCGGAAGGAGAGAUGGAGCAGAAGAAGCUAACGGUCUCCAAGAUGGUCAUUGAAAAUCUUGUUCGUCCCGUUCAGAUCUCGGUGCUGGAUCCGGGCACCGGCUUCAUGAACGCCUACGUCUCUCUGGUGUACGCCAUCUACUACAGCUUUUUCGAGAGCUUCCCGCUCAUCUAUCCGGUCAUCUACGGCUUCACCCUCGGCACGACUGGCGUUGCCUUUGUCAGUGUGGUUGUUACCACCGCAAUAGGGGCAGCCUGUUACACGUACUACAUCUACUUCUACGUCGAGCCCAAAAUUCGUGGAACCGGCGAGCUGCCGGUACUCGAGUCGCGUCUGCUUCCUGCUAUUCCCGCAAGUCUUUUGAUGCCUGUAGGGCUGUUUUUAUACGCUUGGUCGGCGCGCGAAUCAGUCCAUUGGAUGGUCAGCCUGAUCGGCGUCGGUAUAUACAGUAUCGGUUUCUACGUUUUCCUGCAGUGCGUGCUUCUUUACAUCCCGCUGAUGUACCCCAAGUAUUCUGCUUCGCUUCUGGCAGCCAAUGACUUCUGCAGGUCCUCGCUCGCCACCGGAUUCAUCAUGGCAGGCCGUCCCCUCUUCAAGAAUCUAGGAAUCGGCGGCGGGGUUUCUCUCAUAGCUGGCCUGACGGUACUUUGCAUUCCAGCCCUCCUGCUCCUCUAUCGACAUGGCGCCUACCUGCGGAGCAAAUCAAACUUUGCCGGUAUGCCUGACAGUGCCAAGACCACACACACCUAA